AUGAUCGAAAAUAUACGGAAAAAGUUUUUUAAGGAAUUUUCCAAAAAUCCUGAAUAUUAUACGGAAACAGAUGUYACGCGUGUCCGCAAUGAAGACUGGAUUAUUGAACGGUUCCUCAAAGAUAACGACAAUUCAGAGGACAGGGCUUACGAUGAAUUGGUUCGUACCCUGAAAUGGAAACGUCUAUACGGUAUACACGACAGGACUGACCAAUAUUUUCCGAAAGAAUUCUAUGAUUUACAUCACAUCGAAAUCUAUGGCCGGGAUCGGGAUGGCCGACUGGUUCACUGGGAGACUACCCGAAAUCUGGUCAAAAUCAACGAUUUUACACCAUUGGAACAACAAUUUCUCGGGCAUCGACUGGAAAAACUAGAUUCACUGGCCGGUCGGGCCGGUUGGACAUUGGUUACCGAUUGUUCGGGCUCUGGACUACCGAAUGUAUCCCUAGAAAUGUGGCGUUUCCGUAUAGAUUUACUCCAGUACUAUCCCCAGGCCGUUGGCCGUAUCCUAAUUGUAGACCUACCACCCAUACUGGCCCCUAUCAUGCGUAUUAUCCUGUCGAUGAUGCCCCCGAAAUUGCAACGUAAAGCUACGCUGGUCACCCGGCAACAAUUGACCCGUUAUAUUGACCCGGAGUAUAUACCCAGACGUAUGGCCGGCGGUCGCGAAGAUUUUGUCCGAUCGCUGAUGGAUGUCACGGGUCUGAAACCGAUGGAUCAGUUAACACAUUUGCCGAUUAAGGACCGGCAGAUCGAGUUGUAUAGGAAUAAACAUCAGAUGAUUAUUAAGAGGACUAGACUUAUAUGAAAAAGGAUAGAUAGUGUGAGAGUGAGUGAGUGAGUGAGUGAGUGAAUGAAUGAGUGAGAGAGAUAUGAUUUAAUUAUAUUUAAUAUUAUUAUUAUUUGAGAGGAC